AUGUGUCAUUCGAAUUAUUUAUCCAACAAUUCCAAUAGAAAACAGUUUUUCAAUCCAAUAGUGGACGAACUCAAUGCUAUACAAACAACAGGUGUUUUCAUUCCAACUCCUGGAGAUCGUCUGAAUUUCGCAUUCACAGUAUUAGUUGGAGACCAUUUGGCUUCCCAUGAUUUUGGCGGUUUUCAAAAAAUUUUCAAUACUGGAGAGUUUUGUAGACACUGUCAUAUAGACCAUGAACAAAAGCUGAUUCCUUUGAGUCAAAGUUCUUAUUCUUAUCGGACGAGAAAUGAACAUGAUGGUUUUGUUCAACAGAUUAUUACUUCGGAUAACCAUGGCGUCUUGCAUGGCGUUGUUGAUUCAAGCCCAUUAGCAGACUUGAUCGGUUUUCACGCUGCAAUGUCAAUUCCAAAUGAUCCGAUGCACGAUUUCAACGAAGGUGUAUGUGGUCAGCUGCUGAUGGCAAUGUUCAAAGAAAUCUCAGGAAAGAAGCUGAUGACCUAUGCUGAAAUUGAAAGUCGAUUAUCUACAUUCGAAUACGGUCCUAAUGACAAAUAA